AUGAGUGCCGACAAUCAGAAUUUUUUCCAUUUAUGUCGGUUUGGGAAGGAUGGCGCAUUAAAAGAUGUUGUGUGGGUAGACGCGAGGAGUAGAGCUGCGUAUGAGGAGUUUGGAGAUGUUGUGUGUUUUGACAGUACGUAUUUGACAAACAAAUUUCACCUUCCCUUUGAUGUGUUUAUCGGUGUGAACCAUCAUGGGCAGAGUAUUUUGUUUGGGUGUGCAUUGAUCUCUCAAGAGACGGCGGAGACGUAUGAGUGGGUGUUGAGGACUUGGCUACAUUGCAUGGGGGCUAAAGCUCCUAUCUCAAUCCUAACGAAUCAAGAUCCGACGAUUAGGAAAGCUGUAAACUUGACUAUGCUUGAGAGUUGCUAUAGAUGGUGCAUAUGGCACAUACUUCAGAAGUUUGGGAGGUAUGUUGGUAAGCAUGAGGACUAUGAAGCUGUAAAGGAUAAGUUUGAAAAUAUCAUUUAUGGUAGUUUAGAUGCUGAUGAAUUUGUAGAUUGUUUGGUGGACGCAAUUAAUUAUUACAAACUAGGAGAUAAUAGUUGGCUUGAAGGGCUGUAUGAGGAAAGGCACAUGUGGAUCCCAGCGUAUUUGAAGCAUUUAUUCUGGGCCGGGAUGAAAACGACCCAACGAUCGGAAAGUUUCAAUCACUUUUUCAAAGGUUAUGUUGACAAGCAUACAAUGUUAUUUGAAUUUGUGCUUCGAUACUGCGAUGCAAUGCAAAUAAGGGCCGAGUCAGAAAGAAUUGCGGACUCCAACACAAUACGGUACGUCAGGCAUUUAGCUACCGAUUUCCAAGCGGAGGAAGUGUUUCGAAAGUGUUACACGGAUGCCAAAUUCAAAGAAGUUCAGCGGGAGUGCAAGAGGAUGUUGUACGUGCGUCGCCUAGAUGACUAUGAAGUUGGUGAAAAUCAAGUUGAGUUUGUUAUUGAGGACCGAGUGUGGAUCAAGCCAAAAUAUGCAAAGAAAGAAUCUGUGACUAAGAUACGGAGAUGCUACAGGGUGUGCUAUGACAGUAAUACAUAUGAAGCAAGUUGUGACUGUAAACACUUUGAGUGCCAUGGAAUCAUUUGUCGACAUAUAAUCUUUGUGUAUGACCAUUGUGGUGUUUCCAUUGUUCCUGAGAAGUAUAUUCUACGUCGUUGGAGGAAGGAUAUUCAAAGGAAACACACACGAGUGAAAGUAGCUUACCAUGAUCCACUUAAAACCGAUGAAGCAAGGCAAUAUCACAAAUUGAUGGGGAUAUAUGAACCUAUUUGCUCAAAGGCUUCAGCUUGUAAGGAGGGUGUUGAGGCUAUGGCAGAGUUGUUGCAAUUGAUGGACAUCAGAGUCGAUGAAGUGUUGGCAAUGGUUUCCAAAAGACAAGAACAGGCAACUAAGGAUAAUGAAAACUAUAGUGAGGAUGAUGGCGUACAAGGUGUUGUUCGGACGCCUUCUUCUGUGGCUUUGAACAAGGGGCUUGGUUGUACAAAUACACCAGCCACACAUGCAUCUGGGUUGCGGAAUACAAUCCAUACACCAGUUAGUGGCUUUGUGGGGAGUUGUGAUGGAUCCGUCCUGGCAGUGAUUAAGGAUCCACCGCUGCCUAAGAAGAAAGCCCAUCGUACAACCAACGUGAGGUACCCAUCUUGCACAGAGAAAAAGGGAAAAGAAAAGGCUGUUAGGGCGAAAAAUGCAGCAAAGAAGCAAGCUUCGGCGGCACAUAACAGUAUGUCAUUGUCAGCAAAUGACUAUGUACGAUCGGUUGGAGGGAUUCAAAUGAGGGAUGUGGAUGGUUCCUUAGGGUACUUCACUUCUGUUAGGGGAACAAAUUUUGGUGGUCUUUUUGCAAGUGUACUAGGUACUCAUGUGGUACACUUAUUGUGCAUGAACUGUACCAUUGGGCAGUUAUCUUCAUGUGUUGAAAAUAGAGGUGGUUACAUGAAUAGUUUCCUGUGA